AUGCCUAACUUGUAUACCGACCUCGAAAUCCCACAAUUGGAAAUAUCUUUGAAGCAGCCAUUAGGUUUAUUCAUCAAUAACGAAUUUUGUCCAUCAUCAGAUGGAAAAACCAUUGAGACCGUGAACCCGGCUACUGGCGAACCAAUAACGUCCUUUCAAGCCGCUAACGAAGAAGACGUAGACAAGGCUGUGAAAGCCGCUAGGGCUGCUUUUGAUAAUGUUUGGUCGAAGACGUCUUCUGAGCAACGCGGUAUAUAUCUUUCAAACUUGUUGAAGCUUAUCGAGGAGGAGGAAGACACACUUGCUGCCUUAGAAACUUUAGAUUCUGGUAAACCCUUCCAUUCUAAUGCUAAACAAGACUUGGCCCAGAUUAUGGAACUUACAAGAUACUAUGCGGGGGCAGUCGACAAAUUUAACAUGGGUGAAACUAUUCCAUUGUCUUUUGACAAGUUUGCGUAUACUCUGAAGGUUCCUUUUGGCGUUGUUGCUCAAAUUGUCCCAUGGAAUUAUCCCCUAGCCAUGGCUUGUAGGAAAUUGCAAGGUGCUUUAGCUGCUGGUAACACGGUUAUCAUAAAACCUGCUGAAAAUACUUCUCUAUCUCUACUUUAUUUUGCUACUUUGAUUAAAAAGGCAGGUUUUCCACCUGGUGUUGUCAAUGUUGUUCCUGGUUAUGGCUCCGUUGUAGGGAAAGCUCUAGGAACCCACAUGGACAUCGAUAAGAUUUCUUUCACGGGAAGUACCAAGGUUGGUGGCUCAGUGUUGGAGGCUUCUGGCCAAUCCAACCUUAAGGACAUCACAUUAGAAUGUGGUGGUAAAUCUCCUGCUCUCGUAUUUGAGGAUGCCGACCUUGAUAAGGCUAUAAAAUGGGUAGCAAACGGUAUUUUCUUUAAUUCAGGACAAAUCUGCACUGCAAACUCGAGAGUCUAUGUCCAAAGUUCGAUUUACGACAAGUUUGUUGAGAAGUUCAAAGAAACUUCAAAGAAGGAAUGGGAUUUUGGAGGAAAAUUUGAUCCAUUCGACAAAGAUUGCGUUGUUGGCCCAGUUAUAUCAAGUACUCAGUACGACCGCAUUAAAGGGUUCAUUGAACUUGGUAAAAAGGAGGAAAAAUUGAGCAUGUUCCAGACUUCAGAAUUUCCCGUUGAUGGAGCUAAAGGCUACUUCAUCCCUCCCACAAUUUUCACUGAUGUUCCAGAGACAUCGAAAUUGCUACGUGACGAAAUAUUUGGUCCCGUUGUGGUUGUCAGCAAGUUCGAAAAUUAUAAUGACGCUCUGAAGCUAGCUAACGACACAUACUACGGACUUGCGUCUGCAGUGUUUACUAGAGAUAUAAAGAAAGCGCACAUGUUUGCUCGCGACAUUAAAGCAGGGACCGUUUGGAUCAAUCAAACCAACCAAGAAGAAGCUAAGGUUCCUUUUGGUGGGUUUAAAAUGAGCGGUAUCGGUAGAGAGUCAGGUGACACUGGCGUCGAUAACUAUUUGCAAAUAAAAUCGGUCCAUGUAGAUCUUUCAUUGGAUAAAUAG